AUGAUUUGUCCUCCACAAGAUGAGUUUCAAAUCGGGUGGAUCUGCGCCCUUCCCAUCGAGGCAGCCGCCGCGAAGGAAAUGCUUGAUGAAAGUUUCGGAUUUCUCGAUGAACAAGAUACAACAGAUCCGAAUAUCUAUACAUUGGGCCGAAUUGGGAAACAUUAUAUCGUGAUCGCCUGCCUGCCGGCAGGACAAUAUGGCAAUACUGCGGCUACUAUAGUUGCAAACAACAUGAUCCGUACGUUCUCAAAGUCGCUACGGGUUGGCUUGAUGGUUGGUGUUGGAGGAGGAAUUCCAUCUACCAUGAGUGACAUACGGCUUGGUGAUAUCGUGAUCAGCUGUCCAACAGGUAACUGUGGAGGUGUACUUCAGUAUGAUAUGGGUAAAGUUGGAGUUGAUGGUAAAUUUACUCGAACUGGAUCUCUGAACAGCCCUCCCAGAUCACUGUUAGCGGCUGUUAGUGCUAUGAGGGCCGCUGAGCUUACUGAUGAUCCCCAUUAUCCGGAAUAUUUCCGAAACGCAAUUGGGAGAACCCGAAGAACCCAGAAAGCUUUUACCAGACCUGGUCAGCAGAGCGAUCGGUUGUUUCAGAUCCAGCACGACCACCCAGCUGCUGCAGACAACUGUGAUAUUUGUCCAAGGGAAUGGGAGGAGACCAGAAAUGAGCGCGAGGAUAAUGAACCGCAGCCCCACUACGGUAUUAUUGCGUCUGGAAAUUCUGUCAUCAAACACGGAUGGACGAGGGAACAGCUCCGCAUGCAAACUGGGGCACUGUGUUUUGAAAUGGAGGCGGCAGGAUUAAUGUUGGAUUUCCCCUGCAUCGUGAUCCGCGGUAUUUGUGAUUAUUCUGAUUCUCACAAAAACAAGGAAUGGCAAGGGUAUGCUGCCUUGGCAGCGGCAUCAUACACCAAAGAACUCCUGGGAUAUAUACCAAAGGGCCAAAUUGGCCUAGUAUUCAAUGAUAACAUGAUUUUGCUCAUAUGGCACUUUGUAGGCUCACUAGAAAAUCUAAAUGAAAAAGUCAAAGGCACCAAUGAACGAUUGGAUAAAGCAUAUGAUCAACGAGAACAGUAUCAUGCUGAACAAACAGCGCGAGUUUUGACAACCCGGCAAAAAGAGUGUCAUCAAACUGAGGACCAGAAUCAACUCAUUCAAAGGCUCAAGGAUUUCCAUAGCCAAACCAGUUUACCAACGCAGAAGAACUGGUUAAAGUUUCUUGUCACCAGCCGCCCCUAUGACGACAUCCAGAAUAGUUUCAAAUCAAUCACAGACCUAGUUCCGCAUAUACAUCUGCAAGGGGAGCAGGAGAAUAACCAGAUUCACCAGGAAAUUGAUCUUGUCGUCAAGGUAAAAGUAAAAGAGUUGAUUGAAACAUCAGGACUCCCAGCCGAUGUGGCACAGCGAAUUCAGGAUCAGCUGCUUCAAAUGCAACACCGCAUGUAUCUGUGGUUAUACCUGGCCAUUGAUGACAUCCGUACAACAUUUCAAAAUAGUCUUCGGCCAGCUACAGAAUCAAUUAUACUGGUACCCCCAUCUGUGAACGCCGCGUACGAGAAGAUCCUCAGUCGAGUUCCAUCUGGUCAAAAAGACAUUCCAACAGACCCAGCUCAAAAUAUACAUUCGAAUUACGAGACACGGAUAGAGAAAUGUCGCAAAUCUAAUGCCAUCAAGAACAACCAGAAUCUGAUAUUCAAUGCUUCCUACCAUAUUCAGCAGAGCACUGGGCUGAACAUGUUCGAGGGAUGUCCUCCUCACAACAGCAGGAAAUGGUUAAUCUGUGGAUGGUAUGGAAAUGCCCUCCAGGCUGCUUCUUAUAGAGGAUAUGAGCAGAUUGUGCAGAUACUGUUGGAUAAAGGAGCCGAUGCCAAUACUCAGAGUGGAGUAUAUGGAAAUGCCCUGCAGGCUGCUUGUUAUAGAGGGCAUGAGCAGAUUGUGCAGAUGCUGUUGGACAACAAAGCCGAUGUCAAUGCUCAGGGUGGACACUAUGGAAAUGCCCUGCUGGCUGCUUCUUAUGGAGGGCAUGAGCAGAUUGUUCAGAUACUGUUAGACAACAAAGCCGAUGUCAAUGCUCAGGGUGGACAGUAUGGAAAUGCCCUCCAGGCUGCUUCAUGUGUAGGGCAUGAGCAUAUCAUGCGGAUGCUGUUGAAUAACAAAGCCAAUAUUGAUGCUCAAAGUGGACAGUAUGGAAAUGCCCUCCAGGCUGCUUCUUAUGGAGGGCAUGAGCAGAUUGUGCAGAUACUGUUGGAUAACAAAGCUGAUGUCAAUGCUCAGGGUGGAGAGUAUGGAAAUGCCCUCCAGGCUGCUUCUUAUAGAGGAUAUGAGCAGAUUGUGUGGAUGCUUUUGGAUAACAAAGCCGAUGCCAAUGCUCAGGGUGGAGCAUAUGGAAAUGCCCUCCAGGCUGCUUCCUAUGAAGGGCAUGAGCAGAUUGUGCAGAUGCUGUUGGACAACAAAGCCGAUGUCAAUGCUCAGGGUGGAGCAUAUGGAAAUGCCCUCCAGGCUGCUUCAUGUGUAGGGCAUGAGCAGAUUGUGCGGAUACUGUUGGACCAUCAAUCGCACGUUGAUGAGCCGCCCUUGAAGAGACUCAGAGUCUCUUGA